CAGUGUCUUAUAGAGGAAGAAAGGGUUUAAAUAGAAGCGCGUGGUUGCGUGUUGGCGGAGACAACAAAGAAAAGAACGGCGGAGAGCGUGAAAAUGACGGACCUCGAACCAACCUUAAGGCCUUUCCAUCAGAGAGCCACAGAAGCAGAGGAGCGCUUAUCAAGACUAGAAGCUGCAAUUAAUAGUAAACAAGAUGCUGGAGAUGAGAAAAGCUUGAAAGUUAUUGAUGAUCUUCAGUCAAAGCUAAAAGUUGCAAAUGCAGAGUUAAUUUCAGAAAAAGAGAAGGCUCAGAUACUUGCUGUAGAGAAUGAGAAACAUAAAUAUCGAAUAAUUCAUCUUUUGAGAACCAUCAAGGAUCUCAGAUCAAAGUUAGAGCAAGAUACAGCGCAGGAGCAGCUACAAGGCUUGAAAUUGCAGGGUCCUUGAAUCUGGAGUUUAUGAGCUUAGAUUGAUAGUUGCUUUAUCUUAUCUAUUUUGUUUUAUGGUUGAUAUUUAAUCAUAUAGUAUGGCGUUGGUGAUGCUAAAUAUGUUUGUCUUUACUGGUUUUACAACUUUAGAACUGAUCUUUGUUUUGCUCAUACAUUAUCAUACACACUUGAAUUUCUUCCACUUUAACUCAUGCAUUAUCAUAUAUUAGGUGUAAUGCUACACAGCCACAGAAAAUGUGUCAGGAUUAAACAGUGUAAGAGAUGAUAAAGUGAGGAUGACUUGUGCAUCCAAUAGUCCGACUCAUUUUGGCUUCCCAUGUUGGCAAACUAAUUCUGUUAAUUAGCAUUAUCCUACAUGUUAAUUUACUUGUCUUUGGAU